AUGGCUUCCAAAUUCCAACCAGUAAAAGCUGAAGAGAAAUAUCAGGCUGCUGGUGAAUCAAGACCAAAAAGAACCUCAGGAAAGGAAACCAAACGGAAAAGAUCUGUGAAAGAUGACAAAACUUCCUUUCCACAAGAGAUGGCACAAAACAGUCAGAGAGUCAGAAUUUGGAAGAAGAUACCAAUUCCCCUGCUGUUCCUUACAUUGCCACCAGUUGACCUGCUUCACCGAGACAUCCUGAGGGCUUGGUGCCAGAAGUUAAAGCUGAGCACCAAAGUUAAAGUAGAAGCAUAUGAGAGGCUGUGUGAAUAUGCUUACCCCGAUCUAAAGUGUAUUCCUGUCUCCUCAAAGGAGGCCAGGGUGUUGAAAGAAUCAAAAAGGAAAUGGGAAAUGGAAAAAGAGGGAAUGACUCUGGAAAGUCUCAGUCUUCCUGAAGUGACUGCGCCCCCUGAGGAGGGGAUGCCUGGUCUUGGAGGGGCCGCUGCUCUCCUUGAGGGAAUGGACAGUGUUGUCGAGACAACUUCCCCGCCAGAAGCUGUGUUUGCCUCCUGGAGCAGAAUCGCAGCCAGUGCUGGGCAGAUGGAGACAGUGCGGUCACCACAAGCGGCCUCUGCUGUCAGGUGGUGUGCGGUCCAUGGGCAAAGUCUCCCAGCAGACACAGAAGGUUGGGUUAAGCUACAGUUUUAUGCUGGGCAAGGCUGGGUUCCUGAAAAUGAGGGGAAGGAAGUGUGUGCACUCUUCUUGCUACCUGCCUGCAGCCUUCCACCCUCACUCCUGGAGGACGAUAUGUUGUGCUCCAAAUUUGUUCAUAGGAAUAAGGUAUUAACGAAAAGCCUCCAGUGAGAUUAUAAUACCAAGGAAAAAAAGAAUACAGUUAUGAUUACAGUUAGCGGUAGAAAGGUGACUACGAUGAACUCCGUGGUGUCACUGACGCGGAACUCCAGGCUCCUCAGACACCCUCUGGGCUUCCUGCUCACAGGGCCCACAGACUGGCGGGAGCGGGUGUUACCUUCAGACUCCCAGCAUGCCUGCCACUUCGUCUGUUGGGAUAUAGACAUUUACAUUUUAAAAUGGAAAAGCAUUUUACAAAUUAUCCUUCAUCACAGUGGAUAAGAUGACAAAGUCACACCACCCAAUGACUAUCCUUCUGAAUCAGAAUUGACUGCAGCAGCUCCUUCACGACGGGAACCUCAAGUGAACACUGUGCGGGGAGUGAAGACACAGGCGUGCUCCCACACUGGGUUCCUGCCGCAGAACUCUGGCUCCCCCGGGGGCUGCUGCCUUCUGGGUUUAAUAACUUCAAACUGCUGACU